UUUAUAAACUUUUUUUUUUUUUUCCUGUGUUUGUUCUUCACCAAGUAGAUCCUAUCCCAACACACCCCCCCCCCCCCCCCCCCCCCCCCCCCCCCCCCCCCGCGUCAAUUCCCUCUCACUCCGAUUCAAGUGAAGGAACCCAGAAAAAAAGAAGAAGAAGAGCUACUUUCUUUUUUCGAAUUUGCAUUCUGUAUGCAAUAGAUAGAGACUCACAGCGUGGAAGAAGAAUUCGGUCGUUCCGUGUGGGUAUAUCAUGAGAAUCCGAAUCCAGUGAAUAUGAACAACGAUUACCAACGCUCCGUUUCGCUACGGGCGAGCCGGAGAGCUGAACGUAAUAAUCAAAGCCAGCAAAAUGAAGAUGUUGAAGGGGAGUUUUUUUCUCCGGGCAAGUGGUCUCAGGAUUACCCAAUGAAGAUUAUUUGGAGGAGGGGUUUUCUUCGUUUGGUUCUCGUGGGGGGCAUCUUGUGGAUGUUUCUCAUUCUCACUGUUUUGCUGUUUCAUGUUUGGUCUUGUCAAUCUUCACUGGCUUUCCUUUCAGCUAUGUGUAACAGAGGCAGCAGGGUAUUAAUCAUGUUAGACACGAUGGGACUUGUACCAAAACCUCCACACCGUUGUCUCAUUCCCGUUGCGGAUGACCCAGACAAAAUACUUAUUCCAAAGAGAAGAACUCCUAGCAAAGUUGUUGAACAGUUGACAUAUAUCACGGAGGAUGUGGUAGGAAAUAAUGGAUCUAGUCCACCUCCUCUAUUUGGAGGGCAUCAGAGCUGGUUGCAACGAGAUGAGAGUUUUGAACUAAAAUCAUCCAUGAAGGUGCACUGUGGUUUCAUGCGUGGUGGAGGCGCAGAAAUGGCUCCAAAAGAUAUCAGAUAUGCCAAGAACUGUAGGUUUGUAGUUGCUUCUGGGAUUUUUGAUGGGUAUGAUACUCCACAUCAGCCUUCAGAUGUAAGCCCACGUUCUCAAAAGCUCUUUUGUUUUCUUAUGGUGGUGGAUGAAAUAUCCAUUGACUUCAUCAAGAAGAACGUCACAGUCAGAGAGGAAAAGGAUGGGGGACAAUGGGUUGGUAUUUGGCGUCUUAUUGUGCUGAAGAAUCCACCUUAUGAUGAACCCAGAAGGAAUGGAAAGGUUCCCAAGAUUUUAAUGCACAGAUUAUUUCCACAAGCACAGUACAGCAUUUGGAUUGAUGGUAAAAUGGAGCUUUUGGUUGAUCCAUUGCUUAUUCUAGAAAGAUACUUGUGGCGUGGGAAGCACACAUUUGCCAUUGCUCAGCACAAGCAUCAUCGCAGUAUAUACGAGGAAGCUGAUGCAAACAAAAGGAGGAAGCGAUAUGCUCGACCUCUGAUUGAUCUUCACAUGAAAAUAUACCGUUAUGAAGGCAUGGAGGCAUGGAGUCCAAUGAAAAACACCGUUAGUGAUGUGCCAGAGGGGGCGAUCAUUAUACGCGAACAUACAGCUCUGAACGAUUUAUUUAGCUGCUUGUGGUUCAAUGAGGUCAACCUCUUUACACCAAGAGAUCAACUGAGCUUUGGCUAUGUUGUCUACAGGUUAGGGGGUGUCUUCAAAUUCUUUAUGUUUCCGAACUGCGAGUACAACUCGCUCUUUGUGUUGCACCCCCACACUCGCGAGCAUUCUUCCAAAGUUGAAUGGGUGAAAUCUUUGGAUGAGUUUAAGGGGAACAAUACUGAUUUGAAAGAGAGUAGGGGAGGAUUAGGGUUGUGGACUCCUUAUCCUGGUAACCUUAGUUCCGUUGUACUACCAGCUGUAUCACGAACAUCAAAAGCAGGAUGAAUUUGAAUUCAUGCCUGUUAAUUUCUAGUGCUUUUUUGUGGUUAUUUACAAUCUUCAUACAAUUCUUUCUUACUGACUUCUUGGGAAGAGUCAAUGGGGACCCUAUUCGGGCUCCUUGUGUAUUAUCAUGGAAAAGAAGUGCGCGGUGUUUGUUCGUCAAGUUGUUUUACGUUCUAGAAUCGGUGCAUGUAAACCAUUCUCUCUACAAGAUGAUGUAAAGUUUAGUUCUCAUGGUCCUUGACUGAUAUGCGUGAAGAUCGAUUUAUCUGUGCAACAAAUGGGAGAGAUAGGAAGAAAAUUUGAGUGAUACCUAUCAAACACUGAUGUGCAGCUCACAUGGCUGCCGUCUGGUGUGUUGACGAAUAUUGGUCCCGUCUCCUAGAGGGAAACUCUCAAGUGGUGGCAAAUACUAUUUUUGAUAUAGAUCGUGCAAUCCUCUUUUGGUCCAUUGCUCAACAGAUGAAGGAUAUCGGAUUCUUAUUCUCUUCCAAUUCUGUACGAGUGUCUCAUUUUCCCCUAUAUCGGUAUAUCCUCAAAUAGUGCUGCUCAUGGGAUGGCUCAGCGGGCUAUUUUUCAUGCUUCUGAUGUGCAAUCAGUUCCCCUGUGCAUCCGGUCCUGGUCGCAGCUUCUUCAGAUAUUUCUUUGCCCAUUAGUGGGUUGUUUGUUCUUUCCUUUUUGUUCCAUUUUCUUCUCUUCUGUUUCUUUGUUUCUGUAUCCUAUUGAUCUGAAGGAUGCUUGCAGAAGUGUCAACUCUUGCCGUGCCAGCACAAGAUCUCCGUUUGUUGCAAUGCAAGUUUACAAUGCAAAGGAUUUUCGAGGUGAAU